CCGCUCUGCCUGCCCUUCUGUUUGUUUACAUAGUGGCUACUGACUACUGCAUCCUUCCUUGCACGGCUCUCUCUCUUUCUCUCCGUUCUUUCUGGGGGAAAAAAAACCAUGGCAGCGACUGCGAAUGGAGUGGUGGUGGUGGAGUUGAGUGAACCUCCCGCCAACUCUGGCCAAGCGAACGGCGACAAACUCUGCAAAGAAGCCGCGAGGAGCGAGAAUAAAACCGCGGACGAAGAACCGGCGGCAACAGCACCAGCAGCCGCAGCCGCACCAACGGCGGCAGCAGCGGCAGCGAAAGAUUUGAGCCGCGCCGGCACCGCCGACGGCUCCGUCGACGAUGCCGUCGACGCCGGGAAGGGUUGUGCGCCCGCCAAAGCGGACGACGAGUGCGACGUUCUCUUCCUGCGCGACGCCGGUUCGGCGGCCGCCGCGAUGAUGAUGGGUGGCGGCGGCGGCGGCUGCGGUGGCGGUGUCGGUGGCCGGGCGCUCGCCAACUCGGUGGACGCCGUGAUCGAGAGCGUGGUCAUGGGGACGGGCAGCGUGUCGGUGCACCCGAAGCGGAGGAGGCCCAGCCGGGGACCUGCGCCGCCGCUCUUCGACGACCCGUCGCUGCCCGACGGCUGGGUGAGGAAGCUCAAGCAGAGGAAGGCGGGCCGCUCCGCCGGGAAGUACGACGUUUACAUAUUCAACCCUGUGGGAAAGCAGUUUCGCUCCCACGCGGAGCUGCGCGCCUACUUCAGCAAGACGGGAGAGACCACCCUGCAGCCCGAGGACUUCGACUUCACGGUGGCAGGACGCGGGGGCUCCGACGGCAAGGGAAACGGCUCCCUGGCGCGCCCCUUCACGUCCUCCAGCUGCUGGGGCCUGGGGCGGGGCAGAGGCCGGGGCAGAGGCCGGGGCAGGGGCCGGGGAAGGGGCAGGGGGCGAGGAGGUCGGGCGCUGACGGACGCCGUGGGCCACGGCUUCGCGAGGGGAAGGGGCAGGCCCCGUAACGACCAGCAGGGCGGCCCGUACGUGAAGAGCAUCGUCGUGAAGCUGCCCUUCUCACUGGCCGCCGUGGCGGCGGCGGAGCCGGGCCCGGCGGGAUCGGCGGACAGCGCCGCUGUCGUUCCAGUCAAACGGAAGCGCGGGCGGCCCAAGUUGAAUAGGGAUCCUUCGCCGACGCCCGUUGCGCCGCCAAAGAAGCCGAGGUUGGAGAACGCGGCGCCGGCCGAGGGCAAGCGGGCGGCGGACGGGAAGCCGAUCGCGUCUUCCUCUGAGGUUUCUCUCAAAGCGGCGGCUGUCGCCGAUGCUGCUGCUGCCACCGCGCAGGUCCCCGCGGCGGGAAAGCCUCAGGAGAGCAGGCCGCCAGGGAGCAGGCCAGAGUCUGGCACCCACCCGAAGGUCAAGCUCAAGUUCUACAAGCAGAGGUGCAAGAACAACUCGGCUGAGAAGCUCAAGAACAAGGAGGAGUCCGCGCAGCCGAAGGUGCUGUCCAUUUUAGUGAAGGAGCCUGCGACGGUCGACGAGAAGUCGCAGACGCCGCUGCCAGAGGAGAAUAAAGUGUCGGCGUGCGCCGUCGUUAAAGAGCAGCCGACGCAGUCGACGGUUGUGGUGGCAGACAGCAGCUCGUCGACAUAACGACGAGCGCGUGGAGGGCAGCGAUGCGUGAGGCGACCGUGAGUGUCUGCGUUCGCCCGGCGAAACUAACCGGCAGCAUUUUUUUUUAUCAAAACUCGUUCGUGGAAGGAAAAAAACACACAAACAUCCACAAGGACGAGCUGGUGAUCGGUGGCUGAACUUAUCCCGGCUGAUUGCCAUAAGUCGUGCGGCAGAGCACGUGGCUCUAGGCGGCACAUUCGCCACCACGGUCACAAGACAUUCUGAACCCGGCCUGGCAGAUUUCCCACGUUGGGUUUGCUCCAGAGCGCACUGACAAAGAGUAGACGUUACGACAUCUUUACGUUGCUAUCAUCGGCCUACAUGCCGAAUCAGGACUUGCAUCUUAAUAAUUUACUUUUAUCUUCUUGG